UCUGUCAAAGUGACAUUUCAUCACGGCCAUCAUGAUCACUUUGGGAUUUAGAUUUUAUCUAGAUUCUUCAUCUUUGCAGUAUUUUAGUCAUUGAUCCAUAUGAUCUAUUACUAUAAAUAAUUCCUUCAUGGAAUUCGCGUUCUAAAAGUUGUCUAUUCUUGUCUACUUGUCUGAAGUUGUCUGGUAGGGUUCAAGGCCAUAAACAUGUAGUAAGCUAGUAAUAUUCUUUCUCUGUAAUUUGGUGCGCAAAUAAUAAAUUUGUUCUGUCAGGAAAAGAAAAAAAUAUACCAUGUAUACCAGAAUGAAAAUAAGGUGUGGAUGCGCGAGUGGAAUUUUAUGCAGGUUUUUAAGUUCUGCUGAAAUAUCUACUGCACUCAGACCUUUCUAUUUUAGUGUACAUCCAGAUCUAUUUGGAAAAUAUCCAGAACAAAGAAGCACCAAUGAAAACUCCCUUCAACAAUUAAGCGCAUUCAUAGAAGCCCAACAAUCUAGAAGAAGAAUGUCCAUUCCACCAUUAUCAUUUUACAUCAGACAAAGGGACAUGCCAGAUGGUAAUUUUAAAUUAGUAAAAAUUCAUUUAAAUGGUAAUGAUGUAAGAGAAACAGUAGUAAAAGUUUUGAAUGCCUGUGAUAUUUCAACAAGUUAUGUAGAUAAAAUACCUACCACCCCACCCAAAACCGAAUUUAGUAAACCUGAUUUUGCGAAAGCUUACCAACAGUAUACUGAUGAUUUUGAAAAAGCAACUCGAAUGAAGAGAGAUAUAGAAAAAAAGAAAGCAAUUGACAAUAUUGUUGAUUGGAUUUAUGAAAACAGUGCCAUUGCAAGAGAUAAAUAUGAAGCUACGCAUGCUACAAGGGAUCAAGUGCAAAGUUUGAUAGACCAUUUACGCAAUACUUACGGUAUAAAAGAAGUAAAAUAUGAUAGUGGCUGGAAUAUCAGCCACAUUCGGGGAGCCCUGCAAAGUCUAGUUUCAUUAGCAACCCAGCAUUCAAAAGUUAUGGGCAAUCUAGAAGGUAGAACAAUAGCCUUAGGACAAUUCACCGGAGUCAGCUUAGACGGUGACGUGUUUCUGAACAUUAUUGACGUUAGAAAUGAAUGGCUUUCGUUAAUUAAAAAAGUAAGCCAAGAGGACAGUGCUCUGACAAUGAUACCCAAUUACGAAAAAGCACUGUCGAGUAUUUUAAGAGACAUACAUAUUUGUAGAAGGAAAUUCAUGCCGAAAGUUUCUGCCACCCAAUAUUGUAAUCAUCUGAGGCAGUUAAUAACAUCAAUCGGUGAUUUUUAUGGACGCGGUAAUAAGUUUCCCUCCGUAGUUCCUGAUUCGCUCAGCAAAUACGAAAUCGUUGUAGAACCGGAGGCUGGGCCGUUGAUGGUGUCUCCUACAGGACAGUUCAUCACUCCAUCAUCGUGCCCUGCAGAUGAGCUCAUAGCAUUUAUCACCAAUAAUCUUGAUGAAGCCACACUGCUCUUGACAGAAUACAACAUAAAUAAGCAUGUCGAAAGAGCGCUGUGCAAAGAAGUAAAAGAGAGGUUCCACUUACUAGACCUCCACAAAGAUGACAGUAUAACGCCCGGUUUGAUGAUAUCCUGCUGUCAACGAUUGCUUACCAGAAGUGAUCAACUUAAUGUCAAAUUGCGAGGGAACAUUCUAUACAUAACGCAUUAUUACUCCGUACUCACCGAGGGAAUUUUAUGUAUUCCUUGGAAUUUUAAAUAAAUAUCAAAUAGUAGAUCAGUAAUCGUAUAAUGUAGUAAAAAUAUAUGUACAUAUUUUUGGCGCA